UAGCUCGCAGCCUAAGACCAAUUCAAACUCUGCGCGCUUGUAGCUGUCAGACUGACAGCUGACCCUAACCUAAAUUUCCGCAAUAUUGAUUAAAUUUCCCGUAAAAAAUAAUCAAAAAUGGCAAAUUCGAAGACAGACGUGCAGACUGAGGUGGAAAACGUUCGUGUUUUUGUCCGAGUGCGUCCUUUAACCAAGAAGGAAGAAGCUGAGGGCCACCUAAAUGUUCUUUUGAUCGACCCUAAGGAGAAUUUAAUUGCUUUGAAUAAAGACGGGGCGAACCCCAAACCGUUUAAGUUCGAUCAGGUGUUUGGGGAGGACUCGACGCAGUUGUCGUUGUACAGAGUGAUAGCUGUGCCAAUAGUCGAGAAGGCUCUACAGGGGUACAAUGGCACGAUUUUUGCGUACGGCCAGACGGGCACCGGGAAGACGUACACCAUGUCAGGGAAUUACGCCAAGCCGGAACUCAAAGGCAUCAUCCCCAACACAUUCUCGCACAUUUUCAGCCAGAUUUCGCGGGCCAGCGGCGAGACGUCGUUCGUUGUCACCGUCACCUACCUCGAGAUCUACAACGAAGAAGUCAGGGAUUUGCUGUCCACAGACCCGAAUAAAAAACUGGCGAUUCGGGAGAGGCCAGACGUGGGCGUGUAUGUCAAGGAUCUCAUGGGAUUCACCGUUGACUCGAUUGAGUCAAUUACCGAACUCCUCAACAGAGGAAACAAAAACCGCGUCACUCGGUCCACUCUCAUGAACGACGUGAGCUCGAGAUCGCACGCGAUUUUUACCAUAACCAUCGAGUCGAAAAACAGAAGCAGCAAUAAAACCACUGUUGGCAAACUCAAUUUGGUUGACUUGGCUGGCUCCGAGCGGGCAAGCAGGACCCAAGCCACAGGCGAGCGGCUGAGGGAGGCCAGCAAUAUUAAUCUGUCGCUCUCGGUGCUCGGAAAUGUCAUUUCGGCACUCGUUGACGGCAAAAGCAGCCACAUUCCGUACAGAAACUCCAAACUGACGCGGUUACUCCAAGACUCGCUGGGCGGAAACUCCAAAACAGCAAUGAUCGCGAUGGUGAGUCCGGCGGACAUUGACUACGAAGAAAGCAUUUGUACGUUAAGAUACGCCGCUCGAGUCAAACACAUCCAAAACCAUGCGCGAAUUAACGUCGAACAGCGGGGUCUUAUUGAGGGAUUCGAGCACGAAAUCGCCGAAUUGCAGGAAAAAAUCCACUUAUUGUCACUCCAGGAGCAAAAACAGCCCAAGAAAAAGAAAGAGCGGGCGUCGGCCCACAAAGUUGAGGAACUGAAGAAGUGGGAAGAGGAAUUGCAAAAAACUGAGAAGGAAAAGAGCGAUUUGAUGCAGAAAAUCUCGCUGAUCCAGAAGCGGAUCCUCGUCGGCGGUGAGAACCUGUUCGAGAAGGCGCAGCACCAGGCCUUCCUGAUCGAGUCGACGGGGGCGGAGAUCGAAAACCUGGACAAGAACCACCAACAGCUGGAGGAGACGCUGAGCAAGAAGGGGCAGGAGCGCAUCGACGUGGAGGAGAAGUACUCGAGUCUCCAGGAGGAGGACGCCGGGACGGGCAAAAAGAUCAAAAAAGUCCAGGCGUAUCUGAACGAAGUCAAGGAGGAGUACGCCGACAAGGAGCACGAGUACCAGCGCGAAAUGGAGGCGCUGCUGGACAACAACCGGCUCCUGGUCCGGGAAACCCAGCUGGCGUGCCUGAUGAUCGACAGCUACAUCCCGAAGGAAUACUUGAAGAAAAUCGAGGCCAAUUUGAUAUGGAACUCGGAGACGCAGGAAUACCAGAUGCGCGGGGUGGCCUACACGGGGAACAACAUGCGGAAGCGGCAGUCGGCCCACUCGGAGUGCUUCACGCCGGUGAAGUUCGAGAUGAAGCCGGUGUACCACAAGUACCCGGAGAAGAAGCGCGAGCGCAAGAUGGUGUACGAGAAGCGGUCGUUCUCCGCGGUGCCCAAAGCCCGCUAACUGUCGCCGGAUUAUUUGUGUUGUGUUAAUUUGUGAUAUUAAUUAGGCCCGACUUUUUAUUUAUUUGUGAUUAUGUUGUACUUAAUAAAUCUAUUUAUUGCCCAA